AUGACGACCAACGCGCCUGCGAUCAUGGCCGCAAAGGCGCCAACGAAUAUCGCAGUUGGUGUGACCACCAACGCACCAGCUAUCGACAACAACAACAACAUCAUCGGCAUGACGACCAACGCGCCUGCGAUCAUGGCCGCAAAGGCGCCAACGAAUACGGCUGCCGCGAGCAAGGAUGCGACCAGCAUCAUCGGCAUGACGACCAACGCGCCUGCGAUCAUGGCCGCCUACGGCCAACGCUAUCAAGAGCUUGGCGAGCUUUUCCACGCCUUCUUCUCGAUCCUCUUGGUCAUCAUCGUCAUCAUUGUCAUCAUCCUCUCCGACUCGAUGCUCGUUGUCGAGUCUUUCGAUCCGUCGCCUUCUGUCCGGGUUCACUACUAUACCCCCUUGAGUGUCGAGCUGGGUGAUAGCUCUGUGCCCGAUACAGCGCUGAUUGCCAGACUUGUGGCUUCGUUCAACGACCUGGCGCUGACAAACAGAUCGCGGCCGAGCGCUGGGCUGUUCCCGCUCCCACAACCGGCGACAAAAGACGAUAUUCUUCCACUGCUCCGUUCGCACGCUCCGCCAGACGUGCUACCUCUCCCGGCUCAUCUGUUCGGCAUUGCGAGUGAUGAUCUCUUCGUCUCGCUCGCAGACAUCUGGGCGAGCUCUGGCCUCGAGUCGUACGCCUUUCGCUCCGUCCGCCGGCGCAUGGAGAGCAGCGUUGCCGCGGACCCAGACCUUGUCGCUGUCCCGCUCGAGGUCUCUGCCGACGUCUGUAUGUAUUCUUCGCGAACCAUAGCAGCUCUCGGUAUCGACUCGCCGCCCAACACCCUUGACGACUUGAUUGAUGCGUGCAUCAUUGCCCGCGCCGCCGACCUCAUCUGCCUCUCUGUCACCUCACCGACGCUGCUAUUUGACUACCUUGCCCUCCGCUCACAUGGCACCGAGUUCUACGCCUUAUUUGUUGCCGCCAACGUCUCGCUCACCGAUCCGCGGGUUGUGCAUACCUUUGACGACGUGCUCCGGCUCAUUGACAUCGCCGCCAUCGGUCCGUACACUCUGCUCGCCAGCCCUGCCCUCGUCUCCGGUUCGUCCCUCUUUCACUGCGGGCCGUCGUCGCGUGCUGGGGAGUUCGCCAGCUACACCUCGGACCUCGCCGCCUUUGCCUUCCCCUCGACUCAGUCCGUCUUUGCUACCCGGCCCGAGCUCGAGCCCGCGAAGCUCGGUCUCAUUGGCUCGGUCUCUGGUUUGGCCGCUGCUGCUCGCUCGCCGUUCCGCGACUCGGCACAUGCCUUUCUCGCCCACUGUGCACAUCCAGCCGUUCUGCAUGCUGCUCUCGCGCCCUUGCCGCACAUCGUCUCGCCGCGCUUUGACGUCGCAACCCUGCCCAAUGCCACCGUCGCCGCCACCGUCACUACACUCCUCCGCAACCCGCGCCUUGCCUCGCUGCAACAUGCGUCGUCCAGGACGGGUUUUGGUGACCCGCGCCUCGCCACCGAAUGGAUCGCUCUCCACUCGCUGCUUCUGGCCUCCUCCUCGGUCGCCAAUGCCACCCACGCGCUCGACAUCGCUCUGCCGCGCCUCGAUGCCCUUCGCCUUGCAUACGUCUUCAACAAGGCCGCAGUCCCCAUUGCUUCGCUCUCGUCGGGAACCUACUCAGCCCCGAUCGAGCUCACCCUCUCGACAUUCACUCCAGGCUCAAAAGUCACCAUCUACUACGCCAUCGACUCGGAAACGGCCUGGAAGCGCUAUGUCGGACCCAUCGUCCUCUCCGCGUCCGGCGUCUAUAUUGUCCACGCCCAUACCGUCGUCCGCACCAUGACUCCCUCGGAUCGGCUCUCGGUCACACUCAACCUUAUCGACAGCCCGAAUCCAAGUCGCGCCACUGAUCUUCCCGUCUACGUCAUCAUCCUCAUUGUCGUCGCAGUCCUCGUCUGUGUCUUUGGCCUUGUGCUCAUAGCUGUCUCCUGUGCCCGUCGCUUUGUCUGUCCGUCGGCAUCGGUCGGCAGCAUGGCCAGCUUGCUUGUUGUUGACGUCGAUGACCUUGUCUUUGACUCAUUGCUUGGUAAGACCGCGCUCGGCGAUGUCUACCUUGGUCGCAUCCAUGGCACGCCCGUUACCAUGCACCUCACCGCACCAACGAAGCUCCCGCCCACAGAGGCAGAGAGGCUCGUUGUCGAAGUCGUUGCCCUCGCAGGCCUCGACCACCCCAACCUGACAGGCAUCAUCGGCGUCUCCACCUCGCCCACAGUCAUUAUCUACGAGUUUACCCCGCGCGCCUCGCUCCGUGAUGUCAUCCACACUCACACUCUCACCAUCGACUCGUCCAUGGUCUUCAAGUGGGCGUUCGAAAUGGCUGCCGCCCUCGCCUUUCUCGCCCGCAACCACACUCUUCACGGCAACUUCUCCUCGUUAUGUGUCCACUUUGACGCAGACUGGACUGUCAAGGUCUCCCAGUUUGGCCUUCACUCGAUCCACGCCAUCGCUUCCAGCCCGCUUCUCAGCCAGAGCUGUCUUGUCACCUCGGCCUCGGUCUCCCACGUCGGCCCGCCUCAACCGUCGGCGACGAUCCCGACCCGCUCGUCGCGCGAUGUCUCGGACGAGUCUGGUGACGACUCGCCUGGCCUACGAGUCUCAGUCACAGCGUCGGCCGUAUCGGUCUCCGAGCUCGAGGAAGAUGUCUGUAGGCUCUCAAGCUCCGCGUCAGAAAUGCAAGAGCAUAGCGAAAGCGACUUCAUGGUGUCACAAGUCCAGUCGUCGCCAUCGUUCGCCUCGCGGACCGAGCCACGUACCGCCAUGUCGAGCUCUCGUCUCAUAUCGUCCGAGUCGCUGGUCAUAGCCGAGGGUCCGCAUACACCAUCUCGCGCCGCAGGCGGAAAGGCGCUUCCGUCAACUGCGCCAGCUGCCACACCCACCCUGUUCUGGACCGCGCCAGAGGUGCUUGCCUCUGGGCGCUCGCUCGUCUCGACCUCGUCGGAUGCCUACUCGCUAGCCAUUGUCCUCUGGGAGCUCACCACUCGUGCCCAGCUGUAUCAGGGCUUGAAUCCAGUCGCUGUCGCCCUCGACGUCAUGCAUGUCGCCCGACGUCCACCCAUCGCAGCAGUUCCGCCACUGUAUGGACCCAUUGCUCCUGUCAUCGAGCUCUUGUGGCGUGGCUCGCCCACUGAUCGCCUCACCAUCGACGCCGCAACUCACGAAUUGGGCCACCUUGUCCAUCCCGAGUCGUUCACCUUUCCCGCGUCGAUAACCGUUCCACCCGGUGUCGCGCACGUCGUUCACUGUGAGCUCCGCAAUGCCGCACGCCUCCUCCUCAGCAAUCCUCAGGCGGCGCAUCGCCUCCUUACCGCUUUCCAUGCCGUCAUCCCACAGCUCGCACGCUCAGAUGGUGCCAUCAUCUCGGCCUGGGGUAUCAACUGGAUCACGCUCACCUUCAAGUGGCCGCCGGACAUUGUAAGCUUUGCCGAAGCCGUCGGCGCCCACACUGCCAUCGCAGAACCAGUCACCAUCAUGGCGGUCAAGGCCAAGGUCGCCACCACGCUCGACUCGUUCGGUCACCCGUGCCUCUCUGGGCCGGCAAUCGACGCGUUGGCCGUCUCUUGGAACAUGCUUUUUGGCUCGGUUGUCUACACCAUCCUCGCUGGCAUCUCGGCCUCGGCCGCUUCGGCCAUGGCCUCGCGCUUGGCUGCGCCUUCGGCCUUGGCCUGGGAACACGGCUUUUCCGGUGGCCUCUUCGUCGACACCGUCCUUGCCCGCAAUCUCGGCUCGUCCGCCAAACUGGUCCACGUUGUCGGCUCGGUCGUCCAGAUCGUUAUCAAAGGCCACGUCUCGGUCCACGACAUCGCUGAACCUACCAAUCUUCCCAGCGGCACCGUGCUCCCAGCUCUACAAGCUAGUAGGCAGAGUACUCGCAUGCGAUGGUCGCGGAGCUCGGCCUCGCCUCAUCGCUCGCGCUCGCACGCGUCAAGCUCGGCCUCGCCGCACCGUCCGUCAGACGCCUCGGCCUCAGGCGUGGUCCGGGUCGACAAGCGAUUCCACGCUGGCGGUGCCCACAUGACUCGUACUACCCCCAAUGGCGGACACAAGAAGCGCCGUGCCCGCCGCGUUCAUACCCGCCGCGUCCGUACCCGUAUCAAGCACCCAACUGCAGCCACCGAUCAUCGCUCCGUCAAGACGGGUUCCCGCAUGCGUCGCGCCACCGCCCACGUCUCCAAAGAUAUGACCGACGCCGGCCUCUCGGCCACCGCAGCCACAACCCAGGCGGACACAGUCACCCUCCCGAUUUACUCCGAGGCGGACGGCACUCACCUUUCUGGCUCAUCGGCAGUCCAAGGCAGCAAGAGCUCGUCAAGCUCUCGCUCCUCGCUCUCGCCACCAUCGAUGACAUGCUUGCCCACGCCUCCAAUCGCUGUCCGCCUCCAGGAGCCUUCCAACUCGCACUCGCACUCGACCUCGCUGGGCCUAGAGGCAUUGAUGGGCACCACACGAACUGUUAAGCUCGACUCGGGCACGUCGUCGGCCGAGGAAUCGCCCCGCGUGGCGAUGACAACGUCAACCUCUAUACUAUCGUCUUCCUCGUCUACGUCCAGCCAGGACACCAUUCCUGCAUGCACGUCCCACGAGAGAGCUGCAGUCGCGGCCAAUGCAAACUCAGAGACCUGUGGCUCGUCAUCGCUUGUGCCGUCUCCAGCGCGGUUGCAAGGGAGCUCUUCCUCGUCUUUGUCUUCGUUCUCAUCCGACCCCGCCCAGGCCCCGCCUACCACGCUACCGGAUCUCUUCUUUGCUGAGGAGAACGAGUCGGUGGGCGCGGGGAGCUCAGGAAGCUCGGAUCGCUCGGGCUCGCUGACGGCAGACGAAGAGCACGAGUCGGUGGAGAGCUCGGAGACGCCGCUCGGAACCGGCAUUGCCGGCCUCAACCGGACGCUCUCCGUCAACAACCUCGUGUCGAUGGAGGCACGGAUCCUCCGCCGCGAAGAUGUCGACGCCGUGCUGGCCAAGUCUGGCGUCUCACAGUCCCCGAUGUGGCGCACUGCAUACACGACGGCCUAUCUCGGCAUGCUCUCGCCGGCCAUGGUCAACCUCUCCAUGCCGCUGCCAACGCCAAGUGAGCACGGCACGAUGCCGCACUCGCCAUCGCCCGGGAGCCGCCCAUCCAAGCGCGUAGUGCUUGAAACGGAUAUGGCGCUGCAAAACUCGCCGGCGCUCCUCGGCUCGCACAUGUUUGUGCCUCAUCCGCGCGACGUGGCGACAGCCUCGAUGAGCAGCAUCCCGGAGAGUGAGCAAGAGCAAGCCGCCGCUGCUGCCGCCGCUACUGCUGUCGUACCUGUGGUGGUCAAGGUGCUGGAGCGCCAGUCAGCGACACCGAUGGAGCUUAUGAAUGUGGCCGAGGCGCUGGCGACGGCGUCCAACUACGCCAGGACUUCGCGUCGGCUCGUCGGUCCGCUGGCCUUUUGCCUCGACAUCCCGCGGCUGGCGUACAUAGAGCGGCUGUAUCCGGGCCAGUCGCUGGCCCAGCUCCUCGCGCUUCCAGCUCCGCCACCGAGUGCGCUCGCUGCAGUCGCGCGCGGAAUGGUGCGCUCGCUCAUGCGACUGUACGCAGCGCAGCCGCGCGAGCGCCAAGGCCACGGCGCACUGCGUCCGUCCAACGUCCUGCUGGUGGUCACCGACUCUGUGCCUCGAGCGGUCGUUGACGCCCACAUCUCGGGCUUUGGACUCGCGAGCCUGCAGACGAUGACGUCGCGGGCGACGGUGCUCCCGCUGGUCCAGUACCUCGCGCCGGAGCAGAUUCGCGGCGAGGUGCAGCAGUCAGUCACGAGCGACGUCUUUAUCCUCGGCUCCAUCCUCUACGAGAUGGCCUCGGGUUUCAGAGCCUUUGAUGGCUCGGAUCCACUCGAGGUCAGCGUCCGCAUCUCGGCCGGCCUUGCACCCGACCCAGAGCCAGUCUCCAUUCCCUCGUCGCGGCUGAGAAACCUCAUCGCCUCGUGCUGGGCCACCUCCCCUGAGCAGCGGCCCUCCAUCGCCGAGGUUACCACCAUUGUCACCUCGUGCUCGCCGCACGACUUUGCCCGUGGCGCACACAAGCCCGUGGCCUCGCCCUCGCCCUCGGACCACGUGGUGUAG